AUGCGGGGAGGAUCGUCGGGUUCUUCUGCCGGUAAUAUCUUCGUUGAUGAAUUCUACUUCUCCGUUCUUUUUGAUGAAGAUGACAUCUUUCCAAUCUCCGAUGAGAAAUAUGCAGAACAGAUACAGCUGCAAGAGGCGCUGAUGUCCUCAGUUAUCAUGUCCAGGACAUUCAGAUACGAUGAGGAUGAGAUUAACGUUAUUAAUUCCGGAAAGGGGAAAAUGAAGCUAGAGAUUGGUGAAUCUUCCGGAAGCUCCAGUAUCAUGAGCUUCUGUGGGAUUUGCAUGGAAGACAAAGCAAUGGAAAACAUGUUCAGAGACAACAAAAGCUGCGAACAUGUUUUCUGUUCAGACUGCAUGGCAUCCUACGUGGCGUCGAAGCUUAAAGAGAACAUAUCAUCAAUGGUGAAAUGCCCUGACCCAAAAUGCAGAAGCAUCAUAGAGCCGCUCUUCUGUCGAUUCAUCAUCCCAGAUGAGUUAUUCGAGAGGUGGGAAAAUGCAGUGUGCGAGAACCUGAUUCUUGGGUCCCAGAAAUUUUACUGUCCCUUCAAGGACUGCUCGGCCAUGUUGGUGGACGAUGGGGACGAGGUGGUGACAUCCUCGGAGUGUCCGAACUGCAGGAGGCUGUUCUGUGCUCAGUGCAAGGUGACGUGGCACGCUGGGAUGGAUUGCACAGAGUUUCAGAGCCAGAAAGCUGAUCAGACACACAACGAUGAUCUUCUAAAGGAACUCGCCAAGAACAAGAGAUGGAGGAGAUGCCCUCGAUGCAGAUUUUUCGUGGAAAAGAUUGAUGGAUGCUCUCAUAUUUCCUGCAGGUUUGUGCCUGUGUAUAUCAGUGUGGGAAUCAGUUUUGUUAUGGAUGCGGAUCUGAUUGGAAUCAGCAUCAUGGGUGCCGUUUUUAGGAUUAUGCUAGCACGUAACGUUGUGAUUCCGCAUGCCAAAUAUUUGACUUCGCCACAGUGGAAAUCUUAG